UGCCGAGUCACUCCCUUGAGUUGGUUUCGUGAUAAAGAUCUGUCUAGUCACUGCGGAGAAGUACUCUUCGAAAGCUUAUCAUAGCCAAGACUGUUUGUCUUGGUUUAAAAACCGUGGAGUCUACCUGUGGUGAUACUAGUGUGCACAGUAAAGCCUGUCACCUCACAUCACAUCUGGAGAACCCACAGACUCCAAAUUUACUCCAGUACGUGCGAGUAAACAGCAGCAGUCAUGGUGAAAGCACGGAGAUUCGUCCUGGCUAAGCAUUUUGUCGGUGAGCCGAAGGAGGAUGACUUCGAGCUUGUGGAAGAGGAGCUACCAGAUUUGAAAGACGGCGAGAUACGGGUCGAAGCGGUAGCGCUCAGCGUGGACCCAUAUAUGAGGCCGUAUUCCGUGAACCAUCCCGUCGGAACGACGAUGUUUGGAUCGCAGGUUGCGAGGAUAGUGGAGAGUCGGAGCGAGGCGUACCCCGUCGGGAAGCUGGUGGUGGGGCAGUUCGGCUGGCGGGAGAGGGCAGUCGUCGACGUGGGGAAGCAGGACUUGACGGGCCUGCCCAAGCCCUACAUCGUCCCGGACUUCAAAGGCCUGUCCAAGUCCCUGGCCUUGGGCGUCCUGGGCAUGACGGGCAACACCGCCUAUUUCGGUUUCCUGGAGCUCUGCAAGCCCAAGGCCGGGGAAACUGUGGCUGUGACGGGCGCGGCCGGUGCAGUUGGCAGCACUGUGGGGCAGAUAGCGAAGAUCAAAGGCUGCAAAGUAAUAGGGUUCGCCGGGAGCGACGACAAAGUCAAGUGGCUGACGUCAGAACUGGGCUUCGACCAUGCGUUCAACUACAAGACCACGGACAUAGAUGAAGCCCUCAAGAAAGCCGCCCCCAACGGCAUAGACUGUUACUUUGAUAACGUUGGAGGCAAACUCAGCAGUACGAUAAUCAAACAGAUGAACAAUUUUGGAAGGAUUUCGGUCUGCGGUUCAGUUGCAUCUUAUAACGAAGAUCCUUCGAAUUUGCCUGAAGCUCCGAUCAUCCAACGGGCAAUUGUCGGGAAACAACUCAAGAUGGAAGGUUUCCUUGUCAAACGCUGGUCGAAUCGGUGGCUCGAGGGAAUCAACCAGCUGCUGCAAUGGAUCGUCGAGGGCAAACUUAAGUACAACGAAACGGUCACCAGAGGCUUCGAGAAUAUGCCGACAGCUUUUAUCGAGAUGCUGCAGGGAAAGAAUGUUGGCAAGGCGGUGGUGAAAGUAUGAUUGUGAGAGUCAUAUUAACAGCAGAUGUGUUGGCUCAGCAGGAAUGUGAAAACUGAAGAAUUUUGUUACUGUUGAGUCACAGAUACAAAAAGAGAAAAUAUAUUUUUUUUUUUCAACAUU